AUGACAGAAUCAAAGCCGAACCGCCAACUUCACCUGACGGCAUUUAUGCGGCCAGUCUCACUACACACAGGAGCAUGGCGUUACCCCGGUUCAUAUCCCGACGCAAACUUCAAUUUCAAGCACAUCAGUCAUUUCGCUCAGAAAUUAGAAGAAGCCAAAUUCGAUGCCUUCUUCAUGGCCGAUCACUUGGCUGUGCUAAACAUGCCGAUUGAAGCCCUCAAACGCAGCCAUACAGUCACCUCAUUCGAGCCAUUUACGCUUCUCUCUGCUCUGUCUGCAGUGACAGAAAAGAUCGGUCUUGCUGCGACGGCGAGUACGACGUACGAUGCACCAUACCAUGUUGCCCGACGAUUUGCCAGUUUGGACCACUUGAGUGGUGGACGAGCGGCGUGGAAUAUUGUGACGACGGGUAAUCCGGAAUCGAGCAAGAAUUUCGGUUUUGAUGAGCACAUGGCUCAUAGUGAUAGAUAUAAACGCGCUCGCGAGUUUUACGAUGUGGUAACCGGGCUGUGGGAUAGUUUUGCGGACGAUGCUUUCACGCGUGAUGUGGAGACGGGGCAAUAUUUCGAUCCAGAGAAAUUGCAUGUACUGGAUCAUUCUGGUGACGAGUUAAAGGUACGCGGGCCAUUGAAUAUCGCUAGGCCGCCGCAGGGAUGGCCGGUCAUUGUGCAAGCAGGACAGAGUGAACCGGGACGGCAGUUAGCUGCAGAGACGGCAGAAGUUGUUUUCUGCAGCCCAAAAGAUAUUGAAGGUGCAAAGGCGCUUUACGCGGAUAUUAAGGGCCGAGUUGAAAAGGCUGGUCGAAAACGAGAGCAUUUGAAAAUCUUGCCUGCCGCACUUAUCAUUGUCGGGGAGAGUAAACAGGACGCUCAGGAAAAGAGGCUCAAAUUGGAUAGUCUCGUACAUUAUGACAGUGCCAUUUCAUCUUUGUCAAUCGCUCUUGGAGUCGAUGUCAGUCACCUGGACCCAGAUGGCCCGUUGCCAGAAGAUCUGCCCGAGACAAAUGGGAGCAAGACGGGCAGAGAAGGGGUCGAACAAUUAGCUAAGAGAGAGGGACUUACCAUCAGACAACUUGCUCAACGAUAUGGUGGAUACUCGGGUUUGGCAUUCUUGGGCUCUCCAAGCGAGAUAGCCGAGGAGAUGGAGACAUGGCUUCGAGAAGAAGCUUCAGAUGGAUUUACAUGCACAUUUCCCUUUUUGCCCCAGGGACUGGAAGAGGUGACGGAUAAGCUGAUUCCGGAGCUGCAACGAAGAGGUCUGUUUCGCAAGGAUUAUACUGGCUCGACGUUGCGUGAACACUUUGGGCUACCGAGACCGGAUAAUCAAUUCUUCACUAAGUCUUGA